UAGGUUAGCAUUGUAUUGGAGCGUGGGGGCGAGCUCCGAUAGCUGCUUUUAUGUUAUGCUAGGCACGUUGCCAGCUUCCAUUCGACAUUUAACCGUUCACGUUUGUCUUUAGUCGAUGGCGAUGCUCAGUUUGCAUGUAUACAUGUGUGCAUUUCGUGCAGAUUUCCGUGCGGGAGUCGAGCGGCUAAUGUCAACAGCUAACGCUAGCUAACGUUAGCUUGUCGCCGUUAACCUGUUCGCUUGUUGCUGGUUUUUAACAGAGACAGUGAAGCUGAUGGAAACAACCCCCUGACGUCCCUCCCGCUCAGGACAACAAAGGCAGCUCCUCACACACUUGAACCACCGCAGAGCAGCAGUUUGAAAGCUUCCAUCAGACCCAUGACUGUUUGAGGGGGACGAAGGACCCACCGUGGCCCAUGCACUGUACCCGUUUCCCUCCCUGCCCUCCUUAUCCCUCAAGCUGACUCAAAACCCCAGACACCUCCCCCUCCCCCCCCCACUCCCACCCCAUCCCCAGCGACUCGCCCCCUCCCGCCAUGGCACCCGGCACAGAGACCGUGCACUACAUCCACCUUCACAACUCCAGCCAGUCGGUGCUGGAAGCCCUGCGCACACAGCGCCGCGAGGGCCUCUUCUGCGAUGUGACCGUGCGGAUACAUGAUGCUUCGCUACGUGCCCACGCCUGCGUCCUGGCAGCCGGCAGCCCCUUCUUCCAGGACAAGCUGCUGCUGGGUCACUCUGAAAUCUCUGUGCCACCGCUGGUGCCCGCCGAAACCGUGAAGCAGCUUGUGGAUUUCAUGUACAGCGGCUCGCUGGUGGUUCUGCAGUCACAGGCCCUCUGCAUCCUCACGGCUGCCAGCAUCCUGCAGAUCAAGACGGUCAUUGACGAAUGCACCCAGAUCAUCUCUCAGAGGAAGGCAGCGGCGGGGGCGGCGAGUGCAGCCGCAGCAGCAGCAGCAGCAGCAGCAGCAGCAGGAGGAGGGAUGCUCGGAGGAGUUCUCCCUAAACAAGAAGAGCGUGGCGGGGGGAAAGGGACAGAGAGAGGAGGCAGUGGAAGCUGUUCUGUUAGUGGCAGUAGUGGGGGCGGAGGUUAUGCAAACUUCUCUAACUUCAUGGCUGAAUGCGGGGCUAGUAACAUGGGUGGGGGGUUGGGGGGUGCCAGCGUUAGUGUAAGUGAGAGCGGCCCAGGCCCGAUGGAGCAAGCUAACACCGUGAGUCUGAUGGCGCUGGGUGACAUGGGCCCCGGCUCCAUGUGUGGUGGUGACGGACUGGGCUCUGGGGCUGGCACAAUCCUCAUGAAGCAGAGCUCCAGCUGUACUCAGGACGUCAGGUACAAGCUCAGAGACCUGUUGGCGCAGACGGCCAAUGGAGCCAGCACUAGUAGCACAGGGAACCUCUCAGCGGGCUGCAGCUCCGGUGUGGGCAGUGUGGACAGCAUCGGCAGGGACAGCCUCCGCGGCAACACAACUGACCUCUCUGAUGACCUGGUGGGGAUGGACAGAUACAGCGAGGAGGAGGAAUUGGACGGGAGAGAGCGGGGAAGAGAAGGAGACAGAGACAGGGGGGCGAGCCACAGCCGCAAGCAGAGGCAGCCGCUAAGACUCCAGGUGCUGGGAGGAGAGGGAGUAGUGGUGAAAGAUGAAGGGGUUCAGGACACAGAUGGGACCGUCUAUGCCUUGGAGGACGGGAGACGAGAUGGAGAGCAGGAAGGCUCGCAGGAAUCCAUGGCAGGCUUUGGACAGGAUUUCUAUGAUGAGCAGGGGGUGUUUUCUGAGAGUUUCUGGCCCCAGAGUGAGCCUCCUCAGGCCAUGGCUUUCAACCCCAGAGGAAGGGUCAACAAGCCUCUGACUCCCCCUCCAACCACACAGUCCAUCAACAACCAGCUUCUUUUCCAGUACCCAGUGAGCCAGUCGCAGCCAGCUCCGUUCUAUGUGGGCGGACCCAUGGGUGGGAUUGACAGCAUGGCGGGGACGGAGCCCAGUCAACAGGCUCCACCCCCAGCGCCGAUGACCCCGGCCCCGCCUCCCUCCACCUCCUCCUGCUCUGCAGGCCCCUCUCCUUCCUCCCAGGGAUCUGAGACCUCGUUUGACUGCACGCACUGUGGCAAAUCUCUACGUUCCAGGAAGAACUACAGCAAGCACAUGUUCAUCCACUCCGGUCAGAAACCUCAUCAGUGCUCCAUCUGCUGGCGCUCCUUCUCCCUGCGCGACUACCUCCUCAAACACAUGGUGGUGCACACUGGCGUCAGGGCUUUCCAGUGCUCCAUGUGCGGCAAGCGCUUCACCCAGAAAAGCUCGCUCAAUGUGCACAUGCGCACCCACCGUGCCGAGCGCACCUUCCAGUGCAACGUGUGCCACCGGGCCUUCACCCACCGCACCUUGCUGGAGCGCCACGCCCUGCAGCACGCCCACCACGCCCCCCAGGCCCAGGGCCAAGGCCAGGGGCGUGGGCCAGACAUGACCUCACCUACCAAGCACAGUCCUCCAGCUCUGGGAGGGCCCUCAGGUAUGGCUGGCGCGGCUGGCAUGGUCGGCAGCAUGGCCAACAUGCCCAGCCACGGAGCUUCCUCCACCUAGAGAGAGAGAGAGAGAGAGAGAGAGAGAGAGAGAAGGAGAUAUGGGGGAGAGGGGAAGGUUAGUGAGCUCAUUCCUUGAACCAACAGUUAUUUGGUCCUAACAGCCUUGUUGAUCUUUUGUUCUGGUGGGAACAGCGCUUAUAGGUUCCCAUUGUUUUAGCUUAACGGCACCUUCAAUCAGGGUUCCUACACAGGGCUGGAAAGGCUUUUGAAGUUUGAAAAUUAUGUAAAUUUUGAAGGUGUUUUGGAAUUGCACCAAAAUCUUGGAAAAGUUUGUAAAAAAUUGUUGUUCCCUCCCCAGAAAUCCAUUUUAAGUAGCUGUAGUCCUAAUCUCAUUUCCUGUGUUGUGACAUUUGUUAACUAAUCAUAAGCUAUAGACCGACAUCGCUAACAAUCGCACACCUUGUUGAAUAGCCAUCCAAAAUCCAGCCAGUUAUUUUUUAGUGGAAAGAAGUCUUGAAUUUUGAAAUGGAGAAUGUGUAGGAACCCUGUUUCAAACACACCAGAGAGUCACCAAAGAGGUUAGGAAUACGGAGCGGGUUUGGGAGUGGGUGAAGGCGAGAGGAGUCGUAGGAUUUCUAGGUGGGGGUGCUGGUGGGGUGGGAUGGGGAUGGGGACUGGGGUUAUAUGGAGAUGCAAGUUAGAGAAAGUAAGGUGAGGGAAGGGUUGGUGGGGAGGGGAGUUGCAGGGUGUUUUAUUAAUUUCAAUUCAUUUAAUUCAAGUUGAAAAUUGGAGUUCAUUCCGUUCUGUUCAGCGUCACAUCUUAAAUUUCAAAAACGUGUGAACGUAACUGGGUUUGUUUACAACCCAGUCAUCUGACUGCUUGUACUCUGCUGGAGCAAUUGUCUCUGUGCAGAAAUCUGGAUUUAAACAUUAUGGCCUCAUUAUGUAACAAGUGAAGCCUUCAAAAUAUUAAAGAAUACGAUUUUCACACCUUUUGAAGGUAAUAAAUUUAGUUAACAUGGUUGGUGUGGUCAAACAACGCCUUGUUAAGUUAAAUAGCACUAUAGAGCACUUAAAUAAGGACAGUUAAAUUCCUGUUUUGUUUCUUUCUUUGUCUGUUUUUAGCAGUUUUUAUAUUAAGGUGUGUCUGGCUGUGUGUUGGCUGUAGGCGGUGGAAAGUGAAAAUGUUUCAACUUGAACAAAUAUUUUGUGCAUAUCCCAAAGCUGUUUAACUCCACUUCAUCAAAGUAGGAAAACAGGAGACAAACUGGAGGAAAAUAACAGAAAGAACUGGAGGUCAGUCCUAGAACAUUUAGUAUUUUGAUGAAUUGGAGCUGUCUCACACACUGUAGUCAAAUGUGUGUUGUUAGCUAGCCACAGCUAAUGACUUUCCCGUCACAUUUGUUGAGUUUGUGGCUAAAAACGCAGACUGCAGAAACACUCCAACUGUCAAAUUCUCUUAAAUGAAAGAAAAGGAAAAUCUGCUUCCCAUUCAGUUUAAACACACCUUAAGAGCCUCAUUGCUUUAAACAAGUAAAAGUAAAAGUUUUCAGAAUUUUGAAUAUUAAAGAAAAAAAUGCACCUCUUGAAUUAACUGAAUUGAAUGUGAAAGGAGCCCGGCGCUAUUCAGGAGCAAACCAGGGUGACAAAGAAGGUUGUUGAUGAAUGAUUCGAUGUAGAAGGAAAGUAGUCCGAGCAGAGUGAGACUACAGCAGGGAGGGGAGGGAGGGAGGGAGGAGGGGGAGGCGUGAUGCACAGCAGUGUGAAUGAAAUUCACCAUCAUCCAUCAGACAGCUUUGUAACAUUUUCCACAGGCGCCACUGGUCGGCCCCAGGAUCAUAUACCUCGAACCAGGACGAGCCCCUAACGGCUCGGAGGGACACUAUUUUCUCAUUUGAAAUGUUUGGGAAACAUUUCAGCAUGUUUUACACACACACACACACACACACACACACACACACACACAGACACCUACAAUUACCUCGGCGGUCCAAAGACAGGCAUUAUGCUUCACAUCUUUUAAGCUACAUCAAACGAAGAAACAGUGAAAACGAAAGCUAAGAUAGAUCCGUUUACUUUUUGAAAGCUUACUAAAGUACUUCUAUGUAAAAUUCCUGUACAUCGCUAUAAUGCUCAGUUUGUUAUUUGUUGCUCAUGUGAUUCUUUGAUGCAGAAAUAAGGCAGAACAUUUAAAAAAUACUUCUAAAGUGAAAGAGCCAUUCAGAGGAAGUUAAACUUGGUUGAAUAACUAUGACAAAUCAAUGCUUUUUAUUGGGAUUUUUAUUGAGUGUUUGUGUUUGUCUUUUGGGGCUCUGGUUAAUAAUAAAUGGGAAGUGUUUGUUGCUUAAAAAAAAACAACAAUAAAAGCUUUUUUCUCGCAGCACUAUAAAAAAUUACUUUUUAAUGUUUUUAGUAAAACUAAAUUAAUCAUGAAAAUGUACAAUCACCCCUACAAGUUUUGACAAAGUCAAACGUGUGAUAAUGUUAAUUAUCACAUUAAUAUUUAUUACAAUUUGAUCUCUAUGCACAGUUAAGUUUGCACAUCCUAUUACUUAGACCUAGAUGUUGCUGUCCCCUAAAGUAUUUGGCCUAAGAUGGUUUUUGUUGUCCUUAUUUUUUACACCUAAAAGGUGAUCUUAAAAAGACCUUAUGUGUUCCUGCUUUUAGCUCAUUUUCCUUGUUUAUCAGUUAAAGCAUUAUAUGAUAUUCAGUAGUUGACUUAAGCUUUGUAAGAGCCUUCUAAUUGACAUGAUUUCACAAGUGGACGUCCCUGACAAGUGAGACAUUUUUGAGCUUGAGAACUUUGCGAGUGAUGAGAUAAUUUGACUAAAAUAUCACUUUAAUCAAGACUUAUUUUAAUUUAAAAGAGUGAAUCCAGUAAAGACGUAGAUUCAGAUUCUUUCUGUCUGGACUUCACUAUAAAUAUUGACAUUAAAUGUCCCAUUUAAAUGUGGGAAAACUGCUUAUUUACAGGGAGCGGGCCUGGCAGCGUGUGUUCAUUGGCCUCUGAACAUUGCAAAUUCAUUUGCAGACUCAGUAGUUUGUUUCGCCAGCGUUGUGGAUGAAAAAAGAGUUUUAAGAGAAGCUGGACUGAAACUCCUCCAACUCACUGUUGGUUAUAAGCUAUAUAUAAAUUUUAACGCCAAACCUUUGGUGCUUUUUAGGAAAUAUUUACCUCAUUUGCCAGUUGCCAACACGAUGCUGUGGUCUGGGUUAGUAAAUAAGCAGUGUUGAGCUGUUUCACAGGUUUGAUCUAUCCUCAGCAGUGGAAGUGGUUUUGGUGCAUUUUGUCUGAGGCGGACCCUUGUACAGUACUGUAAUAUGUGUGCUUUGAAGCCAUGUCAGCGCAUUGUAACAUACUGUGUUAUGCCUUUUUUUUUUUGUUUUUUGUUUUAUUGGGAGAAAAGUUGAUAAUUGUUUUUCUACAUUAAUAUUUCUUUAACAGAGGUUAAAUAUGUCAGAAGAAGAAACAGUCAUUUUAUAAAAAAUCACUUGUCAUCGUAAAAUCUUUUAUGUAUAAAAAGACUAAAGGCAUGAUUUUAACUUUUUCUGAGAACUUAGAUGUUGUACUCAAUGAAUUAAUUGAAUUUUAAAAAAAUGAGUGAUUUCAAAGAUUUCUUUCUCCAAAUAAAAAGUCUGCUAUGGCUCCAGGCCAGCUGCUCGUCAA